AUGACACGUCCUCUCGCUAGCAGUGUAUUAAUGCAAUGUCUCCCAGGUGAGCUCACCCCUUCUUCACCCUUCUCGUGUUUACUCGAAUCGAGGAUCUGCUCGUUGCUUUCCCCUCUCUUUAUGCUGUUCUUACUGUGGUUAAUGCCCACUAAGGUGAGUGUAUGCGAGGAAGUGCCGUUGACUCUGGUGGAGGAAAUGUUGCGUCCGACUGUGCUGUAUGGUGUUCUGCCGCGUAUUGUGCAUUUUUAUUUUUAUUUAUUGUUCCCUCAUUCAUUUGUGUUGUGGGUGCUGAGCACCAAUUUUUCGCACCCACCAAACAGCGAUGUCAGGGCCACUUCAUGUUGA